UUUUUUCAAUAUUUUAUUUUACUCCUCAAAACAAUUCCAAUGGAGCGUUCAGUCACCAUUGAUUUACCAGUUGAGCAAGUAGCCAAAGUAGUCAAACGCCAUCUUGUCUAUGCUCCUUCUUCAUCGUCCUUUAUUCCAUUACGUCCUAGGCACCAACAACAGAAACAACAUCGAAAUAAACAUAAAAAGCAGCAACCUCAACAAAAUCAAAUCCCCGUGUAUAAUUCACAUCAUCUCUUACCUGGUGGUUCUAUCCUGGACGAAAUAUACAAAUGGACCGCUCAGGUAGAGAGUAGGCAACAGAAACGAAAUAGGACGCAAUCGAUAUCCCUGCCUGCAACACGUGAACCUCUUGUUGACGUCUCGCUUCAGUCAUUGAAGCAACCAGGAGGCUUUCGACGACAUUAUGUACUAAGUAAAGCAGCAAAGCAAGGAAAGAGACCUCCUAAUUUUGUUACCAGCAGUUUUGUUGAGUUUUUAUGUUUAUAUGGUCAUUUUGGUGGAGAAAAUCUGAGUGACGAAGACUCGUCUUCAUACAAUACAUCGACAGACGAUGAUGGUAAUAGCAGUGCAAGUGGUGAUAGUAGUAAUGAAGAAGAGGAGGUGUCUGAGGGCAGCAUUAUGGCAUACCGUGGACCACCUUUGAAUAACGCUUCUUAUGCUUAUGGAGGAACUGAUAAUAGUAGUAAAAAAGGAACAUUACCAUUACCAGCGACGUCAAGUAGAAAACAAGGUGUUGUUCCAUUACAAUAUAAACAACUACAGGCAAGAGAGUCGAUGCCUCUUUUAUCACGAUCGAGACCUGGACAAACCCUUCAGGGUAAGGCAACACCAGGUAAAGCCAUGUUCUUGUUGUUAAAGUCCUUUGUUACCACUGGCAUCAUGUUCUUACCCAAAGCAUUUUAUAACGGUGGCUUACUUUUCUCAACUGUUGCUAUCAUCGCUUGGGCCCUAAUAUCAUUAUGGUCAUUUUUGCUCCUUGUACAAACCCGUUUAGCUGUACCUGCUAGUUUUGGAGAUAUGGGUGGGGUACUCUACGGAUCACGCAUGAGAAUUGCUGUAUUAGUCGCCAUUACGCUAUCCCAAAUUGGAUUUGUAUGUGCUUAUAUGAUUUUUGUUGCAGAAAACCUUCAAUCGCUCGUUUUGACAUUCUCAAAAUGUCGUGUGUUAAUUCCCAUGCAUCUGCUUAUUUUAGCCCAAAGCUUCGCGUUUAUACCUUUAGCUAUGAUUCGAAAGAUCCAAAGGUUGUCUAUCUUUGCUCUCAUCGCAGAUAUAUUCAUUGUCAUUGGAUUAAGCUAUUUAUUCUACUAUGAUGUAAAAGAACUUGUGACUAUUGGCAUGGUUCAUGUAGACAUGUGGAAUCCUCUCCAUUUUCCUCUGUUUAUCGGCACAGCCGCAUUCACUUUUGAAGGCAUUGGCUUAGUUAUACCCAUCACAGAAUCCAUGAAAAACCCUAAAGAAUUUCCUAAUGUAUUAACAAAGGCCAUCAUCACGAUUACGGCUCUGUUUAUCACCAUUGGAGCACUUUCUUAUAUGGCAUUUGGUGAAAAUGUCCAGACGAUCAUUUUGCUCAAUUUACCAAGCAAUGAUCCAAUGGUAUCAUCCAUUCAAACACUUUAUUCCUUGGCCAUCUGCCUUUCCAUUCCCUUACAACUAUUUCCUGCCAUCCGAAUCAUGGAAAAUGGAUUAUUUACGACAAAGUCAGGAAAAAAUAAUACAGUUGUCAAGUGGCAAAAGAAUGUAUUUCGAGUCUUUGUCGUCUUUGUCUGUGCUGCUAUAGGCAUCAUUGGUUCAAGAGACAAGUUGGAUAAAUUCGUCUCACUCGUAGGCGCUCUCUUCUGUAUCCCACUCUGCUUCAUUUUUCCUCCCUUAUUUCAUUUGAAGGCAUUGGAAUUGCCUGUGACAAGACGAUUGGCUAAUUUUGCCUUGAUCAUAUUCGGUGUCAUUUGCAUGAUAUUCGUCAUUUUGUCAACCUUAGGUCAAUGGAACUCUGCUGAGCCAACUGAUCCAAUCAAACAGUGUAUAGCUCAUAGAACCUAAUAUAUACCAGAAAUGCAAAUAUCCGUUGUAUUAUAAUAAUUGACAUGUACUAUUCCUUUUAUUUCAAUAAAUCAUUCAUU